GUUCGACACGUAGGCAGAGCACAUACAAACAAGUAUCCGUCAGUGUUGGAAGGGAGAUGAGCGUUCGUCCGUAAUAUUAUACCUGUCUUGUGCGUAAAAUUUUGUCCUUUGUUACAGUAUGGAAGCGAGAUAUAAUUUAAGAAGUCCAGGUAACGAUUUCUUUUGAGCAGCUCAGUUAAAUCACAGUUAAAUUUUCAAAACGUUCCUCCAAAAAUUUACAGAUUUCGAUUAUUUCAUUCUUCAUCAUGUACAAGUUUGUCAUGAAUUCGGUUUGAUGUUCUUGUUAUGAUUUUCUAACUCCAAUUUUUAGGAGUGAAACGCUUGAUGAGAGAAGCAAAGGAGUUGAGUCAACCAACAGAGCUGUAUUUUGCGCAACCACUGGAGGUAAACAAUGAAUUUGUGUCCGUGAAAUUCAUUGGAAAACACGGAAGGAAUAUGAGUAUAACUAUCUUAAAAUGCAGCACGUAGUAGUGCAAAUGAAAGCAUAUUUACAUGACGUGCUGGGUCUUGAACCAGUCUCUAGCAAAGUAUGGUACGCUCAUAGAGCGAGAAUUUAAUCGGAGGCUGACAGUCGCUGCUUGUGGUUGUUUUAGUAAUCAUGGCAGAACCUGUUUGUUGAUGGUGAAGAGUCAGCAGUUGAACUCGUUAACUCCCAAGAUCUGAUUGUUAAUUCUCCCCUUUUGCUGCUGCAAAUUUCCUUGUAGAUAAGCGAAAAGAAUUCUACUUUAGGUGAAGAUGACUACCAACCCUUCCUGAAAAGUUUGAGAGUAUUCUCAUUACCUGUUUACUAAACAUUGUAUGGAUAGUAUAGGGAGAAGUUACAUUUUGAUAAUUUCUGGAAGGUCAAGGGGUUUAAAAUGCUAUUACUGUACGAUGCUGUGACAGAAAAGCAACUCAGAUACUAUAGUAUCUAAGAAAUUUGAUAAUAAAUAGUAGUACUUGUAUGAUAGUCAUAUGAUGGAGUCAUAACAAGAGGUUGUAUCACUGCAGGAUAAUUUGUUUGAAUGGCACUUCACAGUACGUGGCCCUCCUGACAGUGACUUUGCUGGGGGACGAUAUCAUGGCAGAAUAACUCUGCCACCAGAGUAUCCAAUGAAACCACCAAGUAUUAUGUUAUUGACUGUAAGUAAAACUCACAUUGAGUAAAAGGAUCAGCAGGUUAAUUAAAUAAAAAUAGUACCAUAUUAUAAUGUAUAUCUUAGAAGAAAUUAGAUAAAAUUAAAUAUCACAAGGAGCUAAUUAGAACUGUGGUGUUAGUUUUUUAUCUGGGUGAGCAGCAGAUAGGUUUAAGUUUCUUGGACCAGUCAGAAAUCACUAUAUAACAAAACUAGAGAAAUCCUUGAACUGCCUAUAACACUUGACUGAAAAUGACAUCUCUUUAUCUCUCUUCCCCCCCUCCCCCCCUUCCCCCUUAUUAAAAUCAUCGACUACAUUGUUGCAAUUAAUGCAACACAGGUUUGUAGAAUUUUAUAAAAUAUGAUGUUGGCAUUUGUUCUAUCCUGGAGAUCGAAAAUUGAAACUCUGGUCACUUCAAGAGGGCUGUUUUUAGAAACCUCUGUUUUGGUUAGCUUUUGACCAUCAUGGCUGGGAAACAAAAAGUUGAUGUAAUGUUCUUUUUUUGCCUACCAGCCAAAUGGUCGAUUUGAAGUGGGAAAGAAAAUUUGCCUCAGUAUGUCAGCCCAUCAUCCUGAAACUUGGCAACCAUCAUGGAGCAGUGAGUACCACUGUUAAUCUUGAACAUACACUGUGAACACAUUUAUUGUUUAAAACUUUUCAACUGUAACACUAGCAUUAAAAGCUUGUCAGCAUACUACAGGAGAAAACUUAAGUGAAGUCAGCCCAGUAGCCUAGUUCCCCAUCUGGUAGUAGCUUGAUAUCUCAGUUUCUGAUGCCUAAAGUGACAAGAUUUAGUUUCACUUCCUACAUAUAGAUCAUACAUGUAAAAUGUAGUAUCAUUAACCCUCUGACCCCUAAGAAUGACCAGCAUCUAAUUUUUUCUUAUACUUAUCAUCCUUGAAUCAUGUGUUAAGGUCAUGAAGAUAAAUGAAAUGAUCACCAUCUAAGGGAGCUCUUGAUUGUAAAACAAAUUCUUCUUGUCAGCACCUUGUGAAAUGUAUAGAGAACAGUAUGGAGAAUAUGCAUACUGAUAUUAGGCUGUAAAAGGUUUAUACAUGACAUUUUGAUUUUCCAAUAGUUCGCACUGUGCUCAUGGCAAUCAUUGGAUUUAUGCCAACACAAGGAGCUGGAGCAAUAGGAUCACUAGACUAUACUCCACAAGAAAGGAAGGUUCUGGCCAAAAAGUGAGUAAGAUUCAUGGUAUUUUCUAUUAUGAUUAAGAAGAGUGUUGUGCAGUGAAACCUCUAUUUGGCAGACUCCUUCCCUUGUGUCUGUUUAGUAUAGGGUUCAUUCUGAAUACAGAUUUGUUAUAAGGAAUAUUUUGAUGACAUUAAAAAACAGCAAAUUUGGUAUUCCUACAGAGUGACUUCUCCUUUGGAAAAUUUCUCCAAAUAAGAUGAAAAUUUGAAUUCCUCUAUUGUGAAAACAUCUUGGUAACAAAAUGUGCUCAUUGUCACAACUGUGUAACAUUUUUUUGAGGAAGGAGGUUAAGUUAAAUGGUUUCUGGAGUGUAUAUAUGCAUGUACUUCUCUUCUGCUAGUAGUUGACAAGAAGUUUCUUCCAUUUUGUGAAUUUGUAAGGGAGUAAUUUAAGCCAACCAAAAUAAUACCUCAUUAUCACUCUUCCAAAAACUUGAUUGAACAAGUAUGAGUGCUACUGACUACUAGCAUAAAACAGAUUUACCAUUUAUGUCAAUAGAGAAAGUAAAGAUUGACCUUUUGGAACUCUUUUUGAAUGAUUGUUUUAACGAUUUUAAUUGUAUCAUUUAGAUCACUUGAAUGGAAAUGUAAUACUUGUGAAGGAUGUUUGAAAACUGCUCUCUUAGAGACCUCUGGUAUGUCUGCUUUCUUUUUACUACUGGAUAUUGUUUCUUUGCUAUUCAAACCACUGUAGUCCUACCCGUACUGUACAUGUAUGUUGUUUUGGAUAAUUUAUACUUACCAUAACUAGGUCAGCUGAUUAUUUUCCCAAAUGUAUUAAGAAAUAAGUUCUUGAUCUGGUUGUGAAAUAAAUGACCACAACAUUCUGUAAAAUCAGAGAAUGGAAAUUAUUUACUUUACUAACCUGUUUUUUGAACAUCAAGCCAAAGGAUCAUUGACAAUUUAGCACAGAAAAUAAGAUGCUGUUCAAGUUACAAGUUAACAACUAAUAUGAUGGCUUUGGUGUUAAUUUCGCUCUUGACAGGCAAGUUGUAUUUGAAUUAUGCAUUUUAGGUGAUUCAUCAUCUAAAGAAGCAGAAAGGGAAGCUGUAGAAUUAGCUGCACAAAUCACAUUUAAGGUGAGGCAGUCUGGAUACAAUUAGAAUAACUUGUAUAAAUGCAUGAGCAUAUCCUGGUUUUCUUAGUUAUGAGCAACUGCAGUCUUUUAGUAUUCUUCUGGAUGGAAUGCCUUUUUUGGUAGCUGGUUAUCCCUGGUUAUUACUUCUGGUUUCCCAGACAAACUGCUGGAGCCCAUUUAUACCCUCUCACUCACAGGGGUGACCAAGAAUGAGGUACACUCUACCCUUGACUAUUAUUAAAAUACAUUUUUGAGCAAACAGGUGAGGAGAGGGAGGAACAAUAACCAUCAAGGAAUGUUCUGGUAGUUUGAUUUCACAUCAAAUUCUCAAAGCUAAAAUCUUAAAAAAUGUAUGGUUGGCAGUGCAGAGAAUAGAUACACUUGGCUCUUAGGAGUGAAAAUGAUUUUUCUCGGUGGAGGGGAGCAGAUUUUCUGGACUGUUUCACAGUACCCAUAUCAAUUCAUGGAUGUGAAAGUACAAGAGUGAGGUUUCUUUUCUAAGACAGGAACAAAACAAUGAAUGACCUUUCAAUACAGAGUCUUGCUGGCUAACCAUAUUAAGGCUAGCAUGUCUUCAGACAUUAAUCUGAAACAUUGCUGUGGGGGUACUGUAUGACUAACUAAUUUUCCUCUCAGGUGGAGAAGUCAUACUCUUUGUUAUAUCUCUCAGUUAGUAUGUGUGCUAUGAUUGUAUUUCACUGUACGGCCCAAUGAAUUCAAAAGUUUGUUUGAAUUGAAAACUUUUACACUUUUUUGGAAUCCAGAGAUAUGAUAACAUCUUAUGAACUUCAUUUCCUCAGUCUGCACUGUUAGUUAUUGAACCUUGUUUUUCCACUCAGUCAUAAAUCAGAGCAGAAAAAUUCAGUUUGUAACUUACAGAACAGACCAAGAAAACUAGGUUAGUAAAUGGUAUGUACAUCAGGAGAAGUCCUCUGGCUGGCCCCAAGAUUUCAUCAAAAUGUGAUUUGUCUCAUCCUUUCCUUAUAUUACAAUAUCAUGAUAACUUUCUCUUUUCUUUUCAAAGGGAGAGAGUGAAAAAGAGAAAACCUCUCAAGGAAGCACAGCAAUGCCAACUUCUAAUGUAACAAGCCAACCACAGGCUGCCUCUACGACAGAAUCUGUUCCUACAGGAAAUUCUCAAAUGGGGGCCUAUUCAAUGGGUGUAGCUUCACAGUACUAUGCAGCAUACCAGCAGGGGGGAUACCCUUACUAUGCCACAGGUUACCCGAUGUACAACAUGUUGAAUUCCAAUCCUUUACCAGCCCAAGGAUACCAACCUUCAACUAUUUUACCCAAUCAGAAUGGUGCUCAUGUCACACCAACCAAUCAGAAUGCAGAAGAUAGAGGGACAGCUAGUAGCAUGCGUCAAAGGACUGUGGUUAAUCAGAGUGCUGCAUCGCAAAAUACGAUGCAGCCAGUAUCCCAGGCUAAUUCUGUGGUUCAAAGACAACCCCGCAUUACACAAAGCAGCAUGGCCUCUUUAAUUGUUCUUUGGGUCUUGGCUGUGUCAAUAGCUGCACUGGUUUGUAGAAGAAUUUUUAUGAUAUCACAAUGAAUGAUUUCGUUUACGUUUACAAGAACACUGUAAGUAUUGAAUGUAAAUG